AUGACGGAUGAUGUAGAUGGACAUAUUCAUGAUAAAUUCGAAUUGCAGGUUUGUUUUUUUUUUUUGAGAAAUUUUUAUUUGUAAGAAAAAACAAUUGAGAAUUGUUAUCAUUUUUAUUGGAACAAUUGUUUUCCGAAAAAAACGGAAAUGAAUUUUUUUUUUUGGAAAACUUCCGAAAAAUAUUGUAAACACAUUUUGAAAUGAAGAGAGGGAGGUGUAUUUGAAAAAGGGAUACAUGAAUUCGCAAAAUAAUGAAUCGGACCAGGUUGAUCAAUUUAUUGUAGAAAUCUCGGACCUGAAUCAUACAAGAACUAAAUUUUCUUCUGAACUUUUGAACCGGACUAAUGUUUCGAAAAAGUGGAUUUCUCUCAAAAAAGAGCAUCAAAAUUUCCACCAGGUUUCUCCCAUUCAUAAUUUUGAUCGGAAAAAAUACGGUAUCCCCCCCCCCCUUCAUUUUUCCAAAGUGUUUUGUUCUCACGAUUCAAAAAAAAGCAAAAAAAAAAAUUAUGAAUCAUUCUGGAUAAUAACUUUAAUCCCCUCCAAGCCCACGCAAACUAACAAAUAAUAUUUUUUUUUCAUCUAGAAGCGACUUGGAAAAGGUGCCUAUGGAAUAGUGUGGAAAGCGGUUGAUAAAAGAACAAAAGAGGUUGUGGCGUUGAAGAAAAUCUUCGAUGCAUUUCGAAAUCCCACAGAUUCGCAGAGAACUUUUCGAGAGGUUAUGUUUUUACAAGAAUUUGGCAAACAUCCAAAUGUCAUCAAAUUGUAUAAUAUUUUUCGAGCGGAUAAUGAUAGGUGAGUUAGAGCGCACAUGCUCUUUUUGUCAUUUGAAAAACAUUGCGGGAAAUAUGUAUAUUUAAAAUUUGAAAACAUUUUCCAGGGAUAUUUAUCUAAUUUUCGAAUAUAUGGAAGCCGAUCUACACAAUGUUAUCAAAAAAGGAACAAUCUUGAAAGAUGUCCAUAAACAAUAUAUAAUGUGUCAAUUGUUUCGGGCUAUACGAUUUCUUCAUUCCGGAAAUGUUUUACAUCGGUAAGAAUAUAGUUAUUUCCUGUUGUUUUUAUGUCCUUUUCUUUUCUUCUUUCUUUUUUCUUCUAAUAAUAGCAAACUUUAGUCGAUAAUUAUAUAUGUGUGAAGGUUUGCAACAAAUGUAAAUAUGAAUGCAUGAAUUUUUAAAUGCCAGGUGACACCUUAUGGUUGGUUGAAUGAGGAAGCAGGCAUAAAGUAGAACCAGAAUUUUAUAUACGUGCUCAAAAAAAGAUGAUGAUGAUAUACAUAAAUCUAUUACUUAUUCCAGAGAUCUGAAACCCUCGAAUGUUUUGCUGGAUGCAGAUUGUCGUGUAAAGUUGGCAGAUUUUGGACUUGCUCGCUCUUUGAGUUCACUCGAAGAUUAUCCGGAAGGUCAAAAAAUGCCCGAAUUAACUGAAUAUGUGGCAACAAGAUGGUAUCGAAGUCCAGAAAUUUUGCUGGCAGCAAAAAGAUAUACGAAAGGUGUUGAUAUGUGGAGUUUAGGAUGUAUAUUAGCGGAAAUGCUGAUUGGAAGAGCAUUAUUUCCUGGUUCAUCAACAAUUAAUCAGAUUGAGCGGAUUAUGAAUACGAUAAGUAAGCCAACGAGGAAUGAUAUUACUAGUAUUGGGAGUUAUUAUGCGGCAUCGGUUUUGGAAAAAAUGCCGCAAAGACCGAGGAAACCAUUGGAUCUUAUAAUACCACAAGCAUCUGGAUCAGCAGUUGAUAUGAUUCAAAGGUAUGACAGAUUGAAUGGUCUUUGAGAAAAGCGUGAUUUUUCGUGUCAAAAUCUCAAUGAUGCUCUAAUUCGGAAAUUUGGGAAAAAAAUGAUUUUUUUUCGUUUAUUCCAGAAUUUGAAAAUUUUUUUAAAACAAAUUUAAAAGAAAUUUUCGGCGAGAAAACUGCCGAAUGUUCAUAAACAACCUCACUUCACAAAUUUCUAACUAACUUCCUUCCACCUUUUAUUUGUCUUACAGAUUGCUGUUAUUUGCCCCACAACGAAGAUUAACUGUAGAUCAAUGUUUAGUACAUCCCUAUGUUGUACAAUUCCAUAAUCCAUCUGAAGAACCAAUUUUACAAUACGAGGUUAAUUUACCAUUGCCUGAUCAUAUUCAAUUAACAAUUGAUGAUUAUCGAAAUCGUCUUUAUGAAAUGAUUGAUGAAAAGAAAACAAGACGAAUUCAACACGACAGAAUUAAAAUGGUAAAGUUUUUGAAGAGAAGAAAAAGGUUGGGGCAAGUGGUAAAAAAUCACGUAGAAUUUAGGGUAUUUCGAAAUAUGUACACAGUAAAGAAAUAUUUCUCAAAAAAAAAUUCAGAAAAAAAAAUCCAUUCACUUCAAGGGAAACUUGACAGUCAACUUUUUCUUUUAAAAAUUGAAUUCUUUCCCACUCAAAAUAUACAUUUUAAUUUCCAGGAAAAUGAUCGGAGCCGUGCUCCAAUUGCUCAAGCAGAAUGUAGUGAUACCGAUUAUGAUACGGCUAGAAGUUUAGCAAGAGCAACUAGUGUUGAUAAAAAUAGUAGUUCGCUAGAAAGUUCGAGUGGCACUUUGAGAGGUAAGCUUGUAUUAUUCAUUUGAAGGGAAUCAAUCAAUAAUUCUAGAACGUGCACAAUCAGCAGAUAGUCGAGCAUCUUCAAAAGAUUCGAAUGCAAAUUCAUCUUAUACAAAACAAAAUGGAACAUUUUCAAAUAAUUCGAGCACAAAACAAAGACGUCGUUCGAUUGAAAGAUCUCGUCUUUUUGCCAAUAUGAAGUCUUCAAAAAUUCUUCAUCCACACAAAUUAAUAUCAAAUUAUUAA